AUGGGACUGUUCUACAGCAAAAGUGAGACAGAACCCUCUCCAUGCAACUUGCUUACUGUAAAAGUCAUACAGAUGAAAAAUGCCAGGAAAGCAGACUUGUUAACUCAGUCUGAUUGCUAUGUGAGCCUGAGCCUGCCAACAGCUUCAGUGCAGCAUUUCCGCACCAAGACAGUCCAGAACAGCAAGAAUCCAACAUGGAAUGAAACCUUCCACUUCACAAUUCAGAGCCAGGUUAAGAACAUUCUGGAACUAAAAGUUUGUGAUGAGGACAAUGUAACUCAAGAUGACCAUCUCCUCACUGUAUUCUUUGAUGUCUCCAAAAUCCAACUCGGGGAAAACAUUCAGCUAAGUUUCCAGCUGAAUCCACAGGGAAAAGAGGAGCUGGAGGUUGAAUUCACAAUGGAGAGCAGUCCAGAUCCUCCUGAAAACAUUGUUACUAAUGGAGUUUUAGUGUCCCGUGAAGUUUCCUGUUUGGAGGUGCAGGUGAACGGUGGGAGGAUGAGGAAGGACACUAUGGAGAGAAAGUUUGCGUUAACCGUAGACGGGUCAUAUGAAGGAACCCAGACCCACACACUGAGCUCCUGUCUCUGCCCGACCUCCCCGGCCAGGUUCCACUACAUCAAGUACAGUCAGUCGGCGCUCACUGUGGCUCUACCACGGCGGAGGCAUCUCAGCAGGUCUACAUCAAGUCAAAAUGAAAGGGAUAUGAACGAGUCUGUGACUCUACCUCUAAACUCACUUCCUAUACAAGAGAAAAUAACAAUAGCAGAGGACAGGACAAUUGACUUGUACACAAAGGCAAAUGAAUGGACUCAGGGUCUGUGUUUCAGGCCAAGAAACCUAGAUGCCCGCUUGGGGUUCGACCUCUGCACUGAUGAACAGAAUUUCCUGCAAAACCGGAGGAAGGUGGUUGCUGCUGCACUAAAAGAUGUUCUUCAUUUGGAGGAAGAGCUGCAAGAGCAUGAGGUGCCUAUAGUGGCUGUGACCACAGCAGGAUGUGGGAUAAGAGCACUCACUGGCAUGUAUGGCAGCAUUUUGGGCCUUCAAAAGUUGCGUGUUCUGGAUUGUAUUUCAUACAUCAGUGGCUCAUCUGGCACAACAUGGACAAUGACAAAGCUAUAUGAAGAUGCUGAUUGGUCACGUAAGGAUCUCGGAGAAAUAAUUAUUGAAGCACGGAAGCAAGCAGCCAAGUGCAAGAUGGGGGCUUUUUGCUUGAAAAGUCUAAGGAAUUAUUACAGAGAGCUGAGCCAAAGGACCCAAGCAGGACAUAAAACCUCUUUUAUUGAUCUCUGGGGGCUCAUGAUUGAAUCCAUGUUGAAUGAUGGGAAAAGCCACCACAGACUUUCUGAUCAACGUCAGGCAGUGAAUCAAGGUCAGAACCCUCUGCCCAUCUACCUCGCCCUGAAUGUCAAGGACAAAGUUGCCACCAAAGAUUUUAGAGAGUGGGUGGAGUUCACACCAUACGAGGUGGGCUUCCUGAAGUAUGGCGCCUUCAUUCGUGCAGAGGAUUUUGGCAGUGAGUUCUUCAUGGGGCGCCUGAUGAAGAAGCUCCCUGAGUCCCGAAUCUGUUUCAUGCAAGGAAUGUGGAGUAGUAUCUUCUCCAAAAACCUCUUGGAUGCCUGGCACGCAGCUGACAAUUCAGAGGACUUCUGGCACAGGUGGACCCAAGACAAAGUGACUGAAAUAGAGGAACAACCAGACUUGCCUGAGAAGCCAUAUGAGAUGGCCACGUGCGUUUUCACUCCUACGAGCGGCCUCUCCACAACUCUCCGGGAUAUCCUGACAGAUCGCCCUGCUGUCUCCAAGUACCACAACUUCCUAAGAGGCCUCCAGAUGCACAAUGAGUAUAUCCAGCAUGAACAUUUCACAAAAUGGAAAGACACUUUGCUAGACACCUGUCCUAAUGACCUGAGAGGCAACUCAGAACACUUGGAGCUGGUGGAUGCAGCUUUCUUCUUUGAAACCAGUUACCCACCCCUUAUGAGACCAGAGCGGAAAGUGGAUGUCAUCAUACACUUAAAUUACACAGGGGGAUCACAGACUUUGCCCCUGGAGCAGGCUUGCACGUACUUCGCAGAGCAGGGAAUUCCAUUUCCCUGCAUUGGACUGAAGGAUGACGAGAAGAACCUGAAAGAGUGUUACAUGUUUGAUGGUGCAGACACCCCAGGAGCUCCUCUGCUGCUUUAUUUUCCAUUAGUGAAUGAUACCUUUCAAAGAUAUGUAGCACCUGGCAUGUCACGUACUGCUGCUGAAAUGGAACAGGGCAAGAUUGAUAUCUCCAGUUUCUGCUCUCCAUACUCAACCAGAGAGGUCUCACUGAAAGCAGAAGAUUUCAACAAGCUCCUGAAGCUGACUAAUUACAACAUCAUGAAUAAUGAGAACAUGAUUCUUCAGGCCUUGCGUAUGGCUGUGGCACGGAAGAAACAAGCCCUUAGCCAGCCAGUAUCACAAGCACAGCCCUCUGCUUGA